UCGUCUACAUCUUGCCAUUAAUGACCUUCCCAAUUUUCUACUUCUCUGUAUUAAAUGUUGCAGCUGGAAAACUCACCCACCUUUCCAAAAAAAAAAAAAAGUCUCUCUAUUCCUUUCUCUCUCUCUCUCUUACUCCCCCUCCACCACAUCAAAUGGAAUUCCCCUUCCCUUUCUCCCUCCCCAAAUGUCCUCCUCCUCUUUUUCCGGCGCCGGCGCCGGCAAAAAUUUCUUCACCACUCUCGGUCUCGGUUACUCAAUCGUCAUAGCCCUAGGUUUUCUCGUCAUCUUCGCAGCCGUCAUUCUCGCCUCCUACAUUUGCUGUCGCGCCGCUAGAAACCGUCGCAGAUCAACCGAAAUCAUCCGUCAAAAUCGUCUCAACGCCAACGUAGAUAACGGCGUCAUCCUUCCGAGAAUAAUAUUCGUCGCGGAAGACGAUGAAGAUGAUGUUGAAACCUCUGUUGUUGGAUUAGGUCAGGACGUUAUCAAUUCUUAUCCGAAAUUCCCUUACAGUAGGGAUCGAGAAGAAGGAGUUAACGAUUCGACGUGUUCGAUCUGUUUGUGUGAGUAUAGAGAAUUGGAAAUGCUUAGGAUGUUGCCGGAAUGUCGUCAUUAUUUUCACUUGACUUGCGUUGAUGCUUGGUUGAAACUCAAUGCUUCUUGCCCUGUCUGCCGUAAUUCGCCGCUGCCGACGCCUCUUUCAACUCCUUUAUCGGAGGUGGUUCCGUUGUCUCAGUAUGCCGGUGGUCGGAGGAGGUGAUGUUUUUAUCUCUUUAGCUAUAGAUUUUGGAUAGAUGACUAGUAUCCAUUUUUGCAAAAUCCUUUGUUGUAUGGUGUGUGUGAUUAAAUCUGAGAAAAAUUGAAGCACACCAUAUCCAUUUUUAACUCUCUCUGGUGAUUUGGAUCAUGUAUGAUUAGGAAGAAAGUUCUACAUUAGAGAGUUCAACAACUCCAAUUUGACCUAAAAUCCCUGAAUUUAGGGUUUUGCCCUUUUAGUUUCUCC